AGAAGCCCUGGCCCUCUGCGCAUGCCCACGAGGGCCUCGGUGGGUGAAGCGUCCUCCUGCCCCACCUGCCAUGGCCACCAGGCUCCUCUGCUGCGUGGCCCUUGGUCUCCUGGGAGUAGUGCUGUCCCCUGCCACAGAGGCCACAGAUGCUCAAGUGACCCAGUUACCGGGACACAAGGUGACAAAGAGAGGACAAGAAGUAACCCUGAGCUGCGAACCAAUUUCUGGCCACGCUGCCCUUUACUGGUACCGACAGACCUGGGGACAGGGACUGGAGCUCCUGAUUUACUUCCGUAAUCAAGCUCCUGUGGACGACAAAGGAAUGCCCAACGCCCGAUUCUCAGCUGUGAUGCCUAGUAAGUCAAACUCCACCCUGAAGAUCCAGGCCACAGAACCUGAGGACUCAGCCACGUACCUCUGUGCCAGCAGCUUAGCCACAGCGCUGCAGAGUCACCCGCUCCCCGUGCAGAAACCCUCAGGCUUCCCCUUCCCGCUCCAGCCCCCGGCCGUUCUCAGCAGUCUCCAGAGCAAGGGCGUGGGCUGGUGUUUUAACAGUCCCUCGGGAAGACAACAGCACAGUACACCAACAGCAUCGCAUCCGGAAACUUUUCGUAGGAAGGCAAUAGGCGACUGGUGUCUGUCAUUCCUUGCAAAUUCUCACAGACGAUGGCUUAGUCCAAGAUUGAGGGUCAGUGUCACCCACUGGGCUCUCAAGUGGUCAGGGAAGCUGAAACUGUGCAGCUGCUGCACGAGGGACCUCAUCGAGGCUGGCUUGUCUUCAGAUGGCG